CGGGAAUAGAGGAUACGUGGAGUGUGAAAGCUUUUAAAUGACUGGUUCAAAGAAGAAGGUGUUAACACACCGCGUAUUUGUCACACCGUUUGUCUAUAUAAUGCAACCUUGAUUUUCAGAAAUCAUCAUCGCAAGAAGAUACAACUGCUCUAAAGACGUGAUGAAGCUGAUACUUGUCGCGGCUCUGUUGGUGUGCCUGCUGGCGAUACACGCUGAUGGACAAAGACACUACAGCCCCUACCGGAUCAGGAUGUAUUGGAGAACAACUACAUCAUGUAUCUAUAGAGCAGCAAGGGUGUUGUCUCGCUGUCCGGGCGUCAGAUCAAGGUUCAGGUACCGAAGAUUCAAUGGGAAGAGAGAAAUCGAGAACGCAGAUGAGAAUGCUGACCAAUCAGAGAACGAUGAGCAGCUGAUCAGCGCCAGAGAUCUGUUUGAGACAGCCAAUCGAGGAAGUCAUGGAGGCAACGGCGCAGGAUCCACAGGCGGGAUUCGUCAGCCUACUGACGCAUAGAAACACAGGCGACACAGUGUGGGAUCCAUUCCGGAUGAUGAAAGGCUUUGUGCAGCUUGUAAAUCACUCGGACGUCCCUGAUUAUGUUAACAUAAUAAAUCCUUGAAGCAGA